AUGGCAGGCCUCGCAGCGGAAGGAAGAGCUCUCGAGAAGCCGAUGAACGUGGAAGAGAUCAUUUUGAAAGCUGAACAAUUCGACUACAAUCCGCACAUCGAAUUUAAAUACUAUCUUCGAACUGCAAAUACCCUUCUUAAAGAAGCAGACAUCUAUGAACAGGAAGGCAAUGAUCAACAGACCUUUUUUCUACUCUACCGACAUGCUCAACUCGUCAUCGUCAAGUUGUCGAACUCUCUGAGUCCCGAUGCCCGACAGCCUGCCAACAAAACCGCUUUAAAUGUCGCUAUAAAGCAAGCCAAUCAAAAUCUCCAGAAGCUUGAAGUCCUCAAACCCAAUAUCAAUAAAUACUAUGAAAGAUAUGAGAAGCUUAAACACGAGCGUGAUGCUCGCCGCGCCUCCGCUGUUGCGGCUCCUCAAAACUCGAGGGCCUCAACACCUGUCAGUCAUAAGAGAGCGCUUUCAGACCAUUAUGGAGAUGGGACUGUGACCGAGACGAUAGCUGCCGGUGAAAACCGAGAACUAGCUGUCAAAUUAGCUCAACGAGAGAUCAAGCGGAGAGCCACGGCACGGAAGGCUACACGCCAAGCUGGAAUUUCUGAGGAGGUUGAGCAUGAGAGAAGGUCAGCUGGAGGACUGUGGGGUGACUGGGAGGAUGCUCUUACAAAGGACGACAACAAACUCGAUAAAGACACUUUGAGCCAGCAAAUACAGGGCGUGAGGUCGCAAAUACAAGGUUCAAUUAAGGGAAAUGCCAGUCGAAGAGAGCGACCGCCGACAUUUGAGGGCCUCAAAUCCAAAUACUUCCAGUAUCCAGCAGUUCCGGAAAGGAAGCUUUCGACGGACGACCGGUCUGCGACUAUCAGCUCUGGAAACCUGGCCUCAGAGCGUCCAAAUUCUUUGCAUUCUUCCUCCUUAAGGAAUCAUGCAAGUCAACUACCCCCUCAGCCACCACCAAAAGACCCCGAGACAUUCUUGUUUGAUGAAACACCGACUCCACCUGAACGCCCUGAGAAGCUCCUCUCAUAUACGAACAGUGACGACGACGGUAUUCCCGAAUCCCCCGCACAACGUCCAGAUCCGAAACCAUCGGAGUUCACGUUCAAGCCGUCAGCACACCUAGAGAACGGUACACCGUUGCGCACCAUUUUUUUGCCUCCAGACCUUCAGCGUACGUUUCUAUCUAUAGCGCAAGCGAACACCAGUGCUAAUCUUGAGACUUGCGGUAUUCUUUGUGGGACGCUCAUCUCCAAUGCUCUCUUCAUCUCUAAGUUAGUAAUUCCAGACCAAGAAAGCACUUCGGAUACUUGUGAGACUGUCAACGAAAGCGAGCUAUUCGAUUAUGUUGACGGCGAAGACCUUCUUGUCCUUGGAUGGAUACACACGCACCCUACCCAGACAUGCUUCAUGAGCUCUCGAGAUUUGCAUACACAUGGUGGCUACCAAGUCAUGCUUCCAGAGAGCAUUGCCAUAGUCUGUGCUCCAAGUAAAGACGAAUGGGGGGUCUUCCGAUUGACAGAUCCACCGGGCAUGAAAACAAUUCUGAACUGUACCCAGACCGGCUUAUUUCACCCACAUGCUGAGAGCAACAUAUACACCGAUGCUUUACGGCCUGGCCACGUCUUCGAAGCCCAAGGCUUAGAAUUCGAUAUUGUAGACCUGCGACCACGAUAA